AUGGCUCCCAUCGGGGUUCAGGGGAUCUUCCAUGAAGACAAGGAAACGGGUCUCGCGGAGGUCUGCGCAGAAGUUGGUGUGCCGUAUACCAUGAGCACGGCGGCCACCAGCUCGAUUGAAGACGUUGCUUCGGCGAGCAAUAGCGGAAAGAGAUGGUAUCAGCUCUAUUGGCCCCAGGACAAUGAUAUCACUCUGUCGCUUUUGAAACGGGCCAAAGAGAAUGGCUUUUCGGUCUUGGUGAUCACUUUGGAUACAUGGUCCUUGGCCUGGCGACCGGCGGAUUUGGACAAUGCGUAUGUUCCUUUCAUCAAGGGCGUUGGAUGCCAAGUGGGCUUCAGCGAUCCGGUCUUCCGGGCCAAGUUUGAGAAAGAGGCCGAAGCCACGAUCGAGGACGAUAUCGUGGGCGCAUCGCGGGCAUGGCUAGGGCAGGUGGUCGCAAGCGCGCCACACACUUGGGAAGAUCUAGCCUUUGUCCGGAAGCAUUGGGAUGGGCCAAUUGUCUUGAAGGGCAUCCAGCACGUCCAGGAUGCGCGAAAAGCGCUUGAAUACGGAUGCGAUGGGGUUGUAGUUUCAAAUCACGGCGGUAGGUGUACACCCUUGUUCUUGUCGCAUUUGGCGUACCCCAAAAAAUUACCGGUGACGCGAUUUGAGCGAAUAGUUACUCACAAUCCAGCAGGUCGUCAACUUGACGGUGCCAUCGGAUCUCUAGAUGUCCUCCCAGAGAUUGUCGAUGCGGUCGGCGAUAAAAUGACGGUGCUGUUCGACUCCGGGGCGCGCACAGGGAGCGAUAUUAUCAAGGCACUGUGUUUGGGAGCCAAGGCUGUGCUAGUCGGUCGACCGGUGAUUUACGGGUUUGGUAUUGAUGGACGCAAUGGAGCCAAGCAGGUCCUCAAAGGCCUCCUGGCCGAUCUAUGGCAGAGUAUGGGGCUAGCUGGGAUCCGCACGGUGGACGAGUGCGACCGAACGAUGAUCCGCAAGGUGCAGCAUGCGGGCGACGUGAAGGCGAUGAUGUAA